AUGUGGGAAAGGGAUCCCCAUGUGUUCUGGGUUGUUAAGAAGGCUUGGAGUGUUACCAGCCAUGAUAAUCCAAUGGUUAAUAUGUAUCGAAAACUGAAAUCUACAAAAGAGCAACUCAUGAAAUGGAACAAAAUGCAUUUUAAAAAGUUAUCUGUCCAAAUUGAAGAGGCCCGUGCCAAACUUAAGGAGAUAGAAGGAGUCUUAGUUUUUGAUGAGAAGGUUCACACGGAAGCUAGAGCGGUGCUUGAUGAGGCGCUGAACAGGGAAAAAAUUUUCUGGCGUCAAAAGUCGAGAAUUGCCUGGCUGAAGGAUGGGGGUCGUUCCUCAAAAUUCUUUAUGGCUAGCAUUGUCACCAGAAGGAGACGUAACUACAUCCCACAAUUAUAA